AUGGAGCGCCAAAUAUACUAUGUUCUUUGGAAAAACAAUAUUGAGGUAUUUACCAUAGUCCAUCGUCGACAUGGCGAGAAGUACUGCUCUACUUUGACCCUCAUUGAAGUUCAAGACAUUGACCUCUCUCUCGAAUUCUAUCAACAACCCUACAAUCCAGCAAACGAAAACAACUUUAAUCUCGUGCAAAAUAAUUAUAAGAAACAACUCGAGAGCUAUUUUCCGAUAAAUAGAGAGUGUCUACUAGAGUUUGGCCGUAAGUAUUCACAAGGUGUAAAGCUUCUAUUCAAAGAUUUCCAAAGACCUCGCAUCUUUCGACAAAAGAUUGCCACCACGAUGGCAAUGGAAAGGAGGCUGAACAGAGCAAAAGCACAAUUCGAAAAGAGCAAGUCUGAAUACUUGAGGCAGGAUUCCCAAGGGUCUAAUGCUUCAAAUGUCUUGGACAUUCUGACUUCUGUUCAGGAGUAUAAAUUCGUCGAUCUACAUACCGCACACCGAAGUCUUGGGAAUAUGGUUAGAGGUUCAUCAAGUGGUGCUGCUCAUCGAGUGAGCCAUCAUCGAAUAUGA